AUGCUCGUCAAGGAGGGGCACCUGGCGAAGCGGAAGACCGUGAAGCCCCUGCAGAGCCGCUGGGAUCGCCAUGCGAGGGAGCUUGCCAGGAACAUCCUCACGGCCGAGUCCGACGCGGCCAAAAAGGAUUCCUACAAGGAAGCUUUCAAUGAGGACAUGGGCCUCAGAGUGCGUGACCUCGACUCUCGGCAGGAUAUCUUGGAGCGCUCACACAAGGCGAUGCAGGAUGAGGUCAAGCGGCUCCAGCAGAUUGUUUAUCAAUGUGAGCAGGCGGUGCCUGCUGGAUACGACGCCGCCGAGAAUGCCAGCUUCACCAGGGACAUCGAGGUGCGUGGUGAGGCAGAGGCGACGGAGCAGAGAAUACCUUUGCAUUUCUUCAAGGACCCCGAGUUCAAACGCCAGUACGAUCGCCUCCGACCCUUGGUGGACUGGUCGAGCCUGUCGGCGCGGAGUAGGCGCAAGAGACACAAGGAGCUGAUGUGCGGGGCCGCCAAGCACGUGCGCAACUUGCGGCUGCAGCGCCCACUUGGCGAGACCAAGCUGACGGCGCGGUCGGCCGCGCUCGAUGAGAGGGAGAAUAAGGCCCUCGACAGCACCUCGCUCAAGGCAGUCAAUGCCGUCCGCAGGAAGCUCAAUCGUCGGGCGGCCUUGUGGGCGCCCUUCGGCCGCUCGCUCAAGCGGCAGGGUAUCAAUGUGCCUGCGCAGGGUGGCGGCGUCCAGGUUCUCCACGGCCAGGAGGACAUGAUGGGGGCGCUCCGCGACCAUUGGGCUCCCAUCUUCCAGGCCAAGACGCAGGCCGACGGGUGGGAGAGCCUGGCUGAGCGCUACAUGAAGGACCACGCCCCGAAGCUGGCAGUGGCGGCCGCUCCGCGCCGCGUGCUGCUGCACCGUGUGCGCAGUGCCUCGGCCCGGGUCGCGGGCACGCCGUGCCUGCUCACCGACCGCUCCGGGCCGCUGUCCUGCAGAGUCACAGGCCUGCCGAAGGUGCACGUCCGCUUUUUGGGAGCGACGGCCCUCGAGCAGCUCGACAUCGCCCUCGGGGCUGAGUUGUUCGAUUGGGCCCGCAACUGGACGCUGGCGCACCCGGCCGAGCCAGGGGCAGCCCUGGGGCGGGGCAGCCUCCAGUCUUCGGCCUCUCCCGCGGGCGCGCCGAUGCCGCUCAAUUUUGGCGCGGACCCGGAGGGGGACGUCGAGCGAGUUUUGUUUGACAAGGAGGAGCUGGCGCGGAAGUGCGCGGAGCUCGGGGCCGCGAUCUCCGCCGACUUCUCCGGCGGGGAGGAUGUGCCCCUGCUGGUGGGCGUGCUCAACGGCGCCGCGGUCUUCAUGGCGGACCUGAUGCGGUACAUCACCGUGCCGAUCGAGAUACGGUUGGCGGAUUUCAUCUCGGUCAGCUCUUACGGCAAGGGCGCAGUCUCUGGAGAACUCUACUUCCGGAAGGACGUGACGCUGGAGUUGCAGAACCGUCGAGUUAUUGUCGUAGAGGACAUCGUGGAUACAGGGAAGACCCUGAACGCCAUCAUGGAGUCCUUCUCUGCCAGGGGCGCCACGUCGGUCACCGUUUGCGCGCUGCUGGACAAGGUGGCACGCCGCACCGCGCCCGUCGACGUGAAGUACAAGGGCUUCGACUGUCCCAACGAGUUCGUCAUCGGUUAUGGCAUCGACUACGCCGAGAGGUACCGCAACCUGCCAUACGUCGCCGCCCUGAAGCACACCGUGUACGAGUGA